CUACGCUCGGAACUGACAGGAACGGUUACACGCCAAUGUCACUUUCAAGCGGACGGAUGCUACAUUUAAAGGGACGGUAGAUUAUGCUUUGAGAGGAAAAUUAUUAAGUGAAUAAAAAUAUGUAAACGUACCUUUGAAAUAAAUUCUGUGGUAGAUCGUUGAUUUUCGUUUUAACAGUGAAUCAAAUUAUCUUGACAGGGAUAUGGUUUAACCUAGUAGCGAUACGAUUUUUGCAAUACAUUAGUGAAUCUACGCUAUAUAAUGUUUUUGCUUGUUCACCCUCUUUGGGGCAGAAAAACUCUUGAGAGGAAUUCUUUUGCAGACAAAUUUAUUAUCUGUUAGUGCAGAUUCUGACAUUCCACGUUUGUCAGCAGUUUGACAGCGUCAAAACAAAACACGGGAUACUUUCAAGAUAAAUUCUUAUCAACUGCUAAUACAUGCUCGCAGUAAUUGAUUGAUAGAAAAUGCUUAGAUGAGUAGAAUACCAGCCACACAUUAUACGACUGUAUCAUUUAAAUGUUGUCUAUUCUUACCGUAUAAAUACAGUUUCUUAUAAAACAGCUUUGAGCACAAUCGCAAUUUUAACUGUUGCGAUGUUGUGCAGGACAGAGAAAUUCAUAUCAACUAAUAUCACAUCAAAGAAAUUCACGUCAAUAAUUUCUGUCUGUUGAAUAUUUUGCUAUGAUUCGCACUCCAAUUAUAUAUAAAAAUAAUAUAUAAUAUAUGGUUUUUACGUCAAUAUACGUACAUAAGACGAUUGAAUACCGAUCCGAGUAGUUACUGACUUGUACCAGAGACGACGCCAUGUUGAAUGGGGUUCUAAUGAAGCUCAAGUGAAAGUUUGCUUAGAGUUCAACAUCUAUAACAGUAAUAUUUCUAUGCCGAGUAACUACACAGAGCCAUGUGGUUUGUUUGAAAUAUAAAGUUAUUUGGAAAAUAACAGAAACUAUAAAUUGAGGAUCAUGUCAUUUUUUAUAAGAAAUAGCAGGGGAGGUGGAGCACCUAAGAGAAAGUUUAACGGUCGUGCUGGGAAAGGGAUCACAAAUGGUCCAGCUUUAAAAACAAAGAGAACAGAAAAUAAAAAAUUCAUUCCUAAUGACGAUGAGAGUAUUGCAAGUAGCGAUGAAGAGUUUGCAGAAGAACGACAAAGGGAAAAGGACAAAGAUUUUGAAGACGAAUCUGAAGAAGAAGAAGAGACUGCCCAAGAAAAACGCUUAAGAUUAGCGAAAAAAUAUCUUAAGGAAAUAGAAGAAGAAGAAAAAGAUAGGGCGGAAUUUGAAGAAGGUGCAGUUUCAAGGAGAUUGCAAGAAGAAUAUUUGGAAGAGAAAGGACGUUUAAGAAAAACAGUUGCGAGUAAUUAUGUUGGUCACAAAGAACCAAUUGUGUUAAAAUGUAAGGAUCACAAAGAUUCCAUUACAUGUCUUUGCCUUUCCAGCAAUGGAACAUUUAUAUAUUCAGGAUCUAAGAAUGGUAGUUUAGUGAAAUGGUCUAUGUCCGAUAAAAGUAAAUUGAAAGUUCUCAAAGGGAAAGGAAAAACAAAUGAUGGAAUUAAAUGCGUGCGAUGCAUAGCCAUUAGUACAGAUAGCAAAUUUUUGGUAGUAGGGGAUACUGCUUCGAAAGAUAUUAAAAUAUUUUCUGGUGAUGAUUUAAGUCAUAUAAAGAAUCUUCAAGGGCAUCGAGGCCCAGUAACAGGGUUAGUUUUUCGAAAAGAUACACAUACAUUGUAUUCAGCAUCGGAAGACAGAAGUGUUAAAGUGUGGAACUUAGAUGAUAUGGCCUAUGUGGAAUCUCUAUUUGGUCAUCAAACUGGAAUUACGUCCAUAGAUGCACUUUCACGCGAGCGUGCGAUAACUAGCGGAGGGUUUGACAAAACUGUUAGAAUAUGGAAAAUCGUUGAGGAAUCACAAUUGAUAUUUAAUGGACACAGUGGCAGCAUCGAUGUUGUUAAACUUAUAAAUGAAGAGAACUUCUUAAGCUGCGGUGCUGAUGGCCAAUUGUGUGUAUGGGGUUCUUUGAAGAAGAGGCCUCUUUGUUCUGUGGCAGAAGCUCAUGGCAAAGAUGAAACCAAUGGACAGCCAAUGUGGAUUUCUAGCAUAGCAACACUGCUAAACACUGAUUUAGUGGCAUCAGCUUCCGUUUUAGGUUCGAAUGACGGUGUUAUUAGAUUGUGGCAAUGUGGAGAAUCGUUUAGAGCGUUAAAUCCACUUUUUGAAAUAAAGUUAACAGGUUUUAUUAACGCACUGGCAUUUACACCAGAUGGACAUCAUCUAAUAGUUGGGGUUGGUCAGGAACACAAGUUAGGUAGAUGGUGGCGUAUACCCGAGGCGAAAAAUAGUAUUGUCGUCAUACCUUUAAUACAAAAUAAAGCAAAGAAAUAAAAUUUUGAUAUAUUUAUCUCGCUGUCGACUGUAUAUACUUCGAAUUAAAAAUAAUGUAUGUUAAGUUUUAUUUUCGAAAUUAUAAUCGUUGACUGAUAGUAAA